AUGACAAAGGAAGAGAAUGAUGAAUUAAUGAUGGAAAGUGAUGAUAAGGAUGAAGUGAUAAGAUCACAGAUGAUAACAUAUGCUCGUGGUGGGAAGGAAGACUUCGUGAGCUUAGUUAAUGCAAGCAAUGAAAGUAAUGGUUGGAUACGGAAGUACCGUGAUUAUGACUGCUACCGAAGAAUGCUCGGUCCGACAAAGUUGCAUGACAUUGCUGCGAGAACGAAAAUUGGUGAUUAUGUUGGCUCGUGUAUAUGUUUGGAAUUUGAUAAUUAUGCAUUUGUAUCUUUGUAUUACGUACGACCGGAAUAUCGAAAGAAAGGUGUUGGAGAGGAAUUAUUUAAGCGUGUUGUUAAUGAUAAUUUACGACGGAAAAAUAUUGGAUUAAAUGCUGUGCAACAAAUGUCAUCAAUAUACAGUGACAAACUUGGUUUCAAUAAACGAGCAUCUUGGAUGAUUGAUAUUAUUAAAGUGAAAAAUAUUAAUAAACAAAAACUUAUUGUUGAUGAUAUUCAAUUAACCAUAAAAGAUGGGAAAGAAGUAAGCUUACAGCGAAUUAUUGAUUACGAUGCUAAAGUUGCAAAGUGUCAACGAGAAGACUUCAUUAGACAUUGGGCUGUGGAUCGUAUUGAUGCAGUUUGCAAGGUAUUGGUAAAUUCAAAUGAUGAAGUUGUUGGCUAUGGCUGUGGUCGCUUGUUAUCAAUUGUUGGCUAUCCACAAUUUGGACCAAUUUAUUGUGAUUCAAAUGAUGGCUUCAAGCUUCUCUUUCAUAUUUUACAUUCAUGUUUUAAUGAUGAAAUUAAUGAGCAAAAUGUAAUUAGCUUACGUAUACCAACGACAAAGACAACCACAGUGCAACAAAUUCUUCAUAAUAUUGCUGAUUUUGAAUUGAAGGAACAGCUUACUCCACAAUUUACUCAACAAAUACCAGAUCAUGAUAUUGAUAAAAUUUAUUGUGUUAGUGAUGUGACAAUGUUUAUUUAA